GCCAGCUUAGCUAAACGUACGCGGGUACGCGGGGUUCAACAUUCAUCCCAGUGUGGUGCGAUACGGAACUGUUUGCAUUUGCAAUUUCUUUGAGUUUUCCUUUCGAUUUUCCUGCCUCACCACCACCACCCAUCGCCGUUCUAUUCGUUUGUGUUUGUUUGUUCAACGUGUGACGGGAAGCAGUGUGCGAGUUUUCCUCGAGGAGCUUUUCCAGUCGAUGCUUUCCCGGUCGGAAAAUUGUCGCUCGCCGGUCAGACGCUUUUCGGUACUUGAAGUGAAUGCACCUGUUCCGGAAAUAAGUUUUUUUUUUUAGAUAAGCACGGCGAUAGUAUUAAGCAACUUUCAUCGGUGAAUUUAGCUUUGUUAUAUAAUUGAUACAACAAGUUCCUAGAAAACUGAGUGAAUAAAACAUCAACGCCAAUUGGUAAUCAACGUUCUCACUAUUUGUAUUGUAUAGUAAAUAAACCCAAUGAUGUGAGCAUGUCAAGAAACAAUGGUCAGCAGGCACUAGUGUCAAGGGUUUUUCUUAGGUGAUCAGAAACAAUCCAUCAGAUUAGGAUUUUCAUCCUUAAACUUCUCACGUUUUUAGACCCAAACUAACCUUAUUUGCUCAACAUUCAGUACAACUCAUCGCGUGGGAACCUGGAAUUUCCACAAUCACACAUCCACGCUUUUCGAACCAGACAGUUUUCAAGUGCAGUUCCAUAACGUUCCAACAGGUGAUAACAGGUGUUUUUUUUCACUCCUGCUGAAAGUAAAUAUCGACUGUAUGUACAUGAUUGAUAUUUAUCAGUUUGAUCGGUUUUUGCUAUCUCUAACGCUAUCACAGCUCGUUCGGUUGUAGUAGGCCUUGCCUUGCCUGCAAUAACACACAUAAAGACGAAACCGGUAUCGGUGAUUUGAUAGAAGUUACAAAAUUGUGAUUAUUACCUACAAAGUGUUUCAAGUCUGUUUUGAUUCUUGUUCCCUUAUGUGGCUUACCCAGGAAGGUUGACGUCAGCUCAUCAACCAGUUCCAAAGAAGUAAACCAGUUGUCGGGCUCGUGGAUUGUGCGAUGAUACCAGUCUCCCGGACCUGCCGAAAGAUAUUCUAGAAGCGAAUGACCUGUUGGACCUUAUUACUGAUAUAAUCGUCGAAGAAAUGCCCCCUUCAGCACCCGAGAAGCCAUUCGUCGUCAUCACCGAACAGCCGCAGUCCAAGGCACUCCGCUUUCGGUAUGAAUGUGAAGGACGUUCGGCCGGUUCGAUACCGGGUGUGCACAGUACACCGGAGCAGAAAACCUUCCCCAGCAUCGAGGUACGCGGUUACAAGGGCCGAGCCGUGGUGGUAGUUUCCUGCGUUACCAAGGAUCCACCGUAUCGGCCCCAUCCGCACAAUCUAGUCGGUAAGGAGGGCUGCAAGAAGGGUGUCUGCACGGUGGAGAUCAACAGUAGUAGUAUGACCUAUACCUUCAGCAAUCUCGGUAUUCAGUGCGUCAAGAAGAAGGACAUCGAGGAUGCGCUGCGAUUACGAGAGGAGAUACGGGUGGAUCCGUUCAAAACUGGAUACAGUCACGCUAAGCAACCCGCCACCAUCGAUCUGAACGCCGUCCGACUUUGCUUCCAAGUGUUUCUGGAGGGUCAACAGCGGGGACGCUUUACGGAACCGCUGCAGCCGGUGGUGUCCGAUAUUAUCUACGACAAGAAGGCCAUGUCGGAUCUGGUGAUUUGUAAGCUUAGUGACAUUACGGCUACGGUGGCCGGUGGCAAAGAGAUUAUUCUGUUGUGCGAAAAGGUCGCCAAGGAGGACAUUUCGGUGAGAUUUUACGAGGAACAGCACGGCAAGAUCGUGUGGGAGGAUAUUGGCGAGUUUCAGCAUACCAACGUGCACAAACAGGUGGCUAUCUGCUUCAGAACGCCACGCUAUCGAACGCUGGAGGUGGAGCAUUCAGUUAUGGUGAAUAUUCAACUGAGAAGGCCUUCGGACGGUGCUACCAGUGAACCGCUGCCAUUCGAACUCGUCCCGCUAGACUCAGGUAGGCGUAGAUUCUGGUCGCUUCAGCAUGACAUACUGAAGAACGAUUCUCCGGAGAAUGAGGUGUUCAAAAAAAUUCUUCUAGAGGGUACAGUAGCUCCGGCAGAGUUGAAACCUACUCCGCCCGUUAGUCCAAGUCAAUCGGAUGAGGUCAUAGUGUUAGACACUCCGAUAGCGGAGAACAAACCAAUCGUAACGGAGCAGAUUCCUAGUGAACAGAAAACGACCGAGUGGAUCGAGCGAAACGAAUUCAACGAUGCUAACAAUAAUAGCGUUGACAAUCAGAUGAUGGAGGAAAGUGUGUCCGUCGAGCAGCAAGUUCCGAAAGAGGAUGAAGAUAAAACUCUGAAUGAGCUGUUGGAACAGGUUGCCGAGCUGGAUGAGAUCUAUACGGAUCACCAGCUCCGGCGGGAAAAUAUGAUCAUUGAGAAUGAACUGAAAAAUCUAGAGAAAACUGUUCCGAUUGGUCUGGUAGAGAACGGUGAAAAGAUGGAUAUUGACGAUGUUUUUGAUGACGCAGCUACCUAUACUAGUUUGCAACGUGCCUUUAAAAAUCCGGUUCCGCUAGCGUUAGGCCCUCCGGUUCCACCGCGUCCUUUCUUUCAAUUUGAAGUAGAACCAGGGGAUUACGAUGCCGUGGAACCUGCUGUUGUUUGUCCUCCUACCAUUGAGAUUACUUCGUUGAAACGGGAUAGCAGAGAUGAGGAAAAACUUCCCCCACUUCCUCCGAAACGUGCUAAACCAAAUAGUCAGAAUAAGGAAAAUUUCGAUGGCGAUGAAGUCAUCCUGCAUAGUAUCAUUCGUAAAGGUUCCAUGCGUAGCUUAACCCCACGUCCCCAGUCUGAUCAGAUCAUCAUCAUGAAGUCUCCGGACAGCCCACCGAAUAAAAAACUUCCUCCUACACCGCCGGCGUCCCCUGUUAAGAGUGACUACGGUACAUUGCCUAAGAGUAAGAAGCCAGGUUUUUUCUCUAAGCUGUUCUCUCGUAAGAAAAGCAAAUCUGAUCUUUCCGGUAGUACCAGCACUCUGAACAAUAAGGGAACUCCUGGAGCAUCCAAAGAACCAAGUGUCGUAAAUUUCGAAUCGGGUGAUUCUGUUCGGGCUUCUAUUCGUAGCAAAACUGAGAAGGGGGAGAAGCGUAAGGCUGGUAAACCGGUUGCUCGAAGUGCCAGCAGUGUUUCCUACAAGCAGCGACCGACUACCGAGUCGAAUCCCGAUGUAAUCUACAUCCCGCUCAAAGGUGAUGGUCCUUCGACAAACCUUUCGUUCCGAACCGGAAACGGGGGCAGUGGCACGCAUCUUUCUCUUCCGGGGAACGAAAAUUAUGAGCGAGCAAGCACAGCUUCGCUGCCACCACUGGAUCGGAAAGCGGUCAGUGCUUUACAGCUGGACGUUCCGAUUCAGGACGGUAAUCUCGAACUGGUUGCUAUUGCCGAUGCAAGAAGUAUAAAGAAUCUGGUCGAGGGGGAUUUCGGGAUCAAGCUCGACCCGAGUGUAGAUCUUACCGAAGCCGAACACUUUGCCUUGUACACCUCAAUUGCCCCGAAUGCGGCCCUCAGCGAGUUCGAUGAUACUUCCUGCUAUUACUCCCUGGUCGAACCUGGUCCGUUCAUAUUCCAGCAGCAGCCGCAUAUCCGUCCCAAUAGUACCGCUUACAGUGCCGAUGUCUAG